AUGGCCACUCCACUCAAAGACUGCGUAAUAGCCUUGAGCGGGAAGUUCGACGAGACGCAUGCGAAGAUAGGAGCCCUGAUCAAGAAGAAUGGCGGCAAACACAGCACCAAGAUCUCUCAAGAGGAGGAGGCUUGGUGGGUUACACACCUUAUUACAACUGCUAAGCACAUCGAAGCCCAGGCCGAGAAAGUCCAGGAAGCUAGCAAAUUGCCUGACAUCAAAAUCGUCAGCUUCGACUGGCUCACGGCUUCGACCAAGAGCCAAACCCGGGCCGAUGAAGCUCAAUUCUCACUCGAUCAAACAGGUUCUGAUCAAAACAACGCUACCAGCUCAAUGGACCUCGCGCCUUCCAAACAAAACGACACCAAAGGUAAGGGCAGGAAGCGGCCGCGAAGCCCGACCCCGAUCGAAGAAGACCAUUCCGAUGUCGACAAAGCUGUGGAACAGCCGCCUACGAAGAAGCACAAGGAUGUACAGAGAGCAAAGUCUGGCUCCCUUCUGAUCCCAGUGGACGAGAGAUGCCUUCUUGCAGGGACUCACCGAGUAUACAUUGGCGAGGAUGGGAUGAUCUACGAUGCGGCCUUGAACCAAACAAACGCAGGGGAAAACAACAACAAGUUCUACCGUGUUCAGGUUCUUGUGUCUGGGGCUGGCGAUUACAAGACUUGGACACGCUGGGGUAGAGUUGGCGAAUCAGGGAAAGGCACGACUCUUGGGGAUGGUAGCUUGGAAAGCGCAAUGGUCUCCUUUGAGAAGAAGUUCAAAGAGAAAGCUGGAGUCACCUGGUCCAACAGAUUCGACGCGCCAAAGGGAAGUAGGCAGAAAGGAUACUACACCUUCAUCGAACGCAAGUACGAAGACGACUCUGAUGAUGAUGAUGAUGAUGAUGCGGAAGAUCUACCUACUGCUAGCACCAGUGGAGCCUCGAAGAAGGGGGCCACUGUUAGCCAUGUCGAGCGAGCUGACAGUGCACUUCCAAAAUCCGUCCAGCGACUCAUGGAGUUAAUCUUCAACCAGCAGUACUUCGCAGAUACGAUGCGGGAAUUGGACUACGACGCAAACAAGCUACCUCUAGGGAAGCUGAGCAAGCGCACUUUGGAGAAGGGUUUCGAGAUCCUCAGAGACCUUGGUGAACUGCUUAUGGAUCCAUCUGUCGCCGACAGCAAGCACAACAUGACUUGGCUUGACGCCAUUGCAGCUUGCAGUAACGCUUUCUAUACCGUCAUCCCUCAUGCUUUCGGUCGGAACCGACCGCCAGUAAUCUCAUCCGAUGAGAAGUUGAAGAAGGAAAUCAGCUUGAUGGAAUCACUGAGCGAUAUGCAGAUUGCUCAUGUCAUCAUGAAAGACACCGGGGGAGACGUUGCUAUCAAUGCGCUCGAUCGCCAAUUUGCUGGGCUAGGAUUGCGGGAGAUGACGCCUCUCAACAUCGUCUCGGACGAAUUCACGCUCCUCCAGGAGUACCUGAUCAAAUCUCACGGACAUACCCAUCAUCUCUCAUUCAAGGUCCAAGACAUCUUCCGCAUCGAGCGUAACGGCGAAGAGGAGCGUUUCGAGCAGUCACCUUACGCAAAAGCCAAAGGUAGCGACCGCCGUCUUCUCUGGCAUGGCUCUCGAGUCACCAACUACGGCGGUAUCCUGUCUCAAGGCCUUCGUAUCGCUCCUCCAGAAGCUCCAGUAAACGGCUACGCGUUUGGCAAGGGCGUCUACCUGGCCGACAUUUCCUCCAAAUCCGCCAAUUACUGCCAGUCCCAUGCUUCCAGUAACACCGGCCUCCUUCUCCUUUGCGAAGUCGAACUCGGCAAACCGAUGCUCGAACUCGAAAUCGGCCGUUCUGAUGCUGCGGAAUUGGCUAAACAGCACGGAUGCAUUGCCACCUGGGGUAGAGGUGCUACUGCUCCUAGGGGUUGGAAAGAUGCGGGUUGCGUGAAUGCGGAUUUAAAAGGGGUGAUGAUGCCUAACACGACCAAGGAGCCAGGUCCGGCGAACUAUGCGUCUAGCUAUCUGCAGUACAACGAAUACAUCGCCUACGACAUAGCCCAGGUCAAGCUCCGCUAUCUGCUGCGCGUGGAAAUGACGCCAGGUGGGUAUGGGUACUGA